AUGGAAGAAGGAGAAGACAAACCGCCGGCCACCAAAGACCAGCAGCUCAGCAGUCCAUUUCCCGCCUCGGCAUCGCCCAGCUCCUCCUCUCACCACGCGCAACAACUCCUCUUGGUGGCAGCUCCUUCCGGCCAACCACUUAACAUCGUCUCUUGCAGUUCGACGGUUCCAACGCACCCAGCUCAUGCGCGUUCGUCACGCUCACCCGCCGCUACAACUCCCUCACCAUCGCACUCGACGUCGCUCGGUUGCUGCUCACCAUCUCCAGCGAUGACGUCGUUUCUUCCAGGAACAGCAGCAUGCGAGUCUUCAACGGUAGGCGCGACGUUCGAGCUAGCAGCAACAGAUCCAGAGACCGUCAACUCCACGCCAGCAGACCGGCGGCCAGCUUCUCCGGCAUCUCCAUUCGUCCUCUCAUCGUCGGCAGCAACCAGUUUUUCCUGUCCAGCAGUUGCGGUGGAGACCAGCAGCUCCUCAUUGACAAAUCUGGUUGCUCAGCAAUUCCCACCGACAAUUCCCACGGCUUCAGAACGACACUUUGAUUUCGAACACUCUUCAGUGUCAAACACCGCUCCACCAGUUCACGAUGUCCGCCCUAUCGCUUCAUUCCGACCCGACCCGGAUAUUCCCGACCAGACCGCCCUCCCCGCCGCCGUCGAUCCACUCCUCCAAAACGGCUCCUUUAUCGACGCCACACCUGUCAAACCGAGCACAGAUAACGACAACAGUCAUCAGCAAGAGGCAGCCAAUGGUGGAAGCGUAGAGCCGCCGCCGCCGACUGCAGCGACGCCGCUGAGAUCGAGAAGAAAAGUGCCUGUGUAUAUGGCGGUGGCUCUUUCAUCUGACUCGGCGAAUUGGUUGUCCCCCGGUUGGGUGGUUGAAGAUAGGGUUAGGACUGCCGGUGCUACGGCGGGCACCGUCGAUAAGUAUUACGCCGAUCCCGUAUCAAAUCGUCGAUUCAGAUCCAAGAAAGAGGUGCAGUACUAUCUCGAAACAGGAAUGUUGAAGCCGAAGAAAACGAAAGCCACAGAGAAUCCCGAGAUAGAUUCUAGCUCUACAGGGAGUGCUGGGAGUAAAAAAUCCCAGAAGACUAACAAGAAGGCGAAGGUCGUUAAAAGGAACUUCGACUACGUGAAUGUGCCUGAGAAGGUCGAAUGGGCUCUCACAGACGCGAUUCAAGAUAAGUGGACUCCUUCCGUUGGAGGUCAAAAAGUGGCGGAAUCUGAGCGGCAAAACUGGGAGUUUGAGAUGACGCAUCGGCAACAUUAACAUUUAGAAGAGGUAUCACAGUGUUUGAAAGCUUUUAAUGUAUUGCCAACUGAAUCAUCGGUAGUAGUUGUCUCGUAAAGGUCUAUAGCUUAGGUCUCUGUUUCUUUGCAAAUUACAUAUCCAUCCUCACACAGCUGGUAAGUGUACACUAAUCCUACAUCUCAAAAACUGAUUAGUGUUUUAACCUCUUGUUUUGGGUCUGUUAGUUUGUAGUUUAAGUUAAAUUUAUAUUUAUCAAGUGACAAGUUUUUAGCCGGAGUUCACCUUCCGGGAUUUUAA